ACGUGCAUGUCGGGAUAGAGAAAUAGCUGGGCGAACACCGUCUGUCAUUUUGCAAAACUAACAGUCCAACCAUAAUCAUUCCCUCACAGAAUGACAGUGAAAUAGGAGGGUCAAGUGAAGAUGGCUGUACCAGCCAAUAUCAGUUAGUCAUCGUCAAAGAUGGACCCCGUGGUGAGGCGAUGAAUCGCUAACUACCCGCCGAAAAUCAAUCACUCAGUGGACCAAUCCUUUUCAUCCAUCACUCCGGCUCCGGCCUUUUCUGGGUGUUCCUGGACUCUCGUCUAUUUUGUGGUGCUUCCGUUAUUCAAUUCUCUCUAGUUUUUAUGAUUGGGGAUGAUUGGAUUUCUCUGUUUUUGUGCUAUUCUUUGACAUUCUUGAAGAAAAAAAAGAUCCAACUUUUGAGGGAUAGUUUUGGAAUGAUUGUGAAAGACGUUGGAGGUUCUGUUUAAAGAAAUUUCAAAGAAAUCGUGGUAUUGGAGUCUGAAAUUUAGUUUUUGGAAUACAGUGUUAAUUCUAGGGAUUUCUCGGUUUUUGCUUGGCUCGUCAAAUUCACUGGAAGUUUCAUUUUGGGGUUUUUCCUCUCAGACAGAGGGAAAAAAAAUGGAAUCCUUCUGGGAUCUAUCAGAUGGGAAUGUGAAAUCUGGUGGAGAAAAUUGGCUAUCAGCAGUUGUGCCAUUGAUGAAAUUGCUCUCACUCGCUGUCAUAGGCCUAAUUCUCGCCCACCCAAAACUCCAAGUUAUGUCAAAAGCUACUUUCAGGCUUCUCAGCAAGCUUGUUUUUGUCCUAUUCCUGCCAUGCUUAAUCUUCACCCACUUGGGACAAUCCAUUACCGGCAAGAAUUUUGUCCUCUGGUGGUUCAUACCCGUAAACGUCAUUAUCAGUACUGCUGUCGGUUGCAUUUUGGGAUACUUGGUGGCAAUAAUAUGCCGGCCACCACCCGAAUUCUUUCGGUUUACCAUCAUCAUGACUGCAUUUGGGAACACGGGUAAUCUCCCGCUUGCCAUCGUUGGGUCGGUAUGUCACAGUGCGAAGAACCCAUUUGGUCCUGAUUGUCAUACCUCUGGUGUGUCUUAUGUCUCUUUUGCUCAGUGGGUUGCUGUAAUUCUUGUUUACACACUUGUAUACCACAUGAUGGAACCACCCCUUGAGUAUUAUGAAAUUGUUGAGGAAGGGAAUGAGAUUGAGGAGGUGGUCACUGCUAACGAUUUAAGCAGGCCGCUGCUUGUUGAAGCUGAAUGGCCGGGAAUGGAAGAUAAAGAAACUGAGCAUUGCAAGACACCCUUUAUUGCAAGGAUCUUUACCAGAAUCUCUAGCAUUUCACCAAGUACUUUUCCUGAUGUUGGUUCAGUGGAGGAGGGAGGUCCAAUCAGUCCCAAGUCCAUUAGGUGUUUGGUGGAGCCCAAGGUGGUUAGGAGAAUUAGGAUCGUUGCUGAACAAACACCAAUUCAGCACAUACUUCAGCCCCCUACAGUUGCUUCUCUGUUAGCCAUUAUUAUUGGGAUGUUUCCUCAGCUCAAAUCUUUUGUUUUUGGCUAUGAUGCUCCACUUUCAUUUAUCACAGACAGCUUAUCAAUCUUGGCUGGGGCAGCAAUUCCAUUCGUCUUGCUUAUCCUUGGAGGAAUGCUUGCUGAGGGUCCACAUGAAUCUAAACUUGGAAUUCGGACUGUAAUUGGAAUUAGUGUUGCAAGGCUUUUGGUACUUCCUUUGAUUGGAAUUGGAAUCAUUCUUUUAGCUGAUAAGAUGAAUUUUUUGGUUCCGGGAGAUAAAAUGUACCGGUUUGUGCUUUUGUUGCAAUAUACGACACCAAGUGCCAUCUUGUUGGGAGCAAUUGCAAGUUUAAGAGGUUAUGCAGUUAGUGAAGCUUCAGCUCUCCUCUUUUGGCAGCAUGUGUUUGCAGUGUUUUCCCUUUCAUUGUAUAUAAUUAUCUACUACAAAGUUCUGCUUCCUUAUGUCUGAGGGCUCAAGCAUGCUAGGGAUGCUAUUCUCAUGGUCCAGGGGCAUCAGCUUCUGCUUUAUUUAUGGAGAUCCUAUGAUCAAGUCCUCUGGUUCUGUAGCAGCUUAAAAUUGUGAAUGAAGUGGAAGUCUAACCUAAUAGACAAAGCUUCAGUUCUCAUGCUAGGAGGGCAAUAAAGAUAACAGUGACAACACCAAUGGUCCAUGGCUCUCCUGACACACUCCAUCUUCCUUGCCAAGGGCAAAGGGAAAUUUAUUUGUUAUUAAAAAAACUUGGUUCAUAUAUUCUGCUCAAACUGUGCAUGUUUGUAUAAGCAAGUAGUUGGAGUGUUUCUACUAGAUGAUUAUUGGAGGGAUAAUUCACAGUAUUUUUUAAUUGCUUUUUUUUUCUUUUUUAAUAAAUUUUGUGGAGCUCCUCUUGCAGAAUUGCUAUUUGUUUCUGUUUCAUCACUUUAUGUUCUAAAAUUGAAUUUAUUCUUUCAAUUUGGAUCAUUCUAAAGAUGAAUAUUUAUCUAGUUUUUCAUGCCUA